AUGAGAUCCCCUCUUAGCAGCCUCGGCCUAGCAGGCCUUUUGCUACCGGCCGCUGUCGCUGGCCGGGCUACAUCGCCAGACGUGUAUCCAACUCCCCAGGGCAAAGGCGAGGGACAGUGGGCUGCCGCCUACAAAACCGCCCACGCGUUGGUCGGCCAGAUGACACUGGAUGAAAAGGUCAACAUCACCCGCGGCUUCAAGGCGGACAACACCUGCGCCGGCACCACUGGCUCUGUCUCGCGACUCGGCUGGCCUGGCAUGUGUCUGCAUGAUGCUGGAAACGGUGUCAGGGCUGCAGAGCUUGUCAACGCGUACCCUUCGGCGCUGCACUCGGGCGCAAGCUGGGACAGGAAUCUCACACACCAGCGUGGCUUUCACAUGGGAGGGGAAUUUAAAGGCAAAGGCAUCAACGUUGCCCUUGGACCCAAUGCCGGCCCCUUGGGACGUACACCCCUUGGUGGCAGGAACUGGGAGGGCUUCUCCGUUGACCCGUAUCUGUCCGGCCAACUCAACGCCGAAACCAUUACUGGCAUUCAAAAAGCCGGUGUCGUUGCCAACCUCAAGCACUUCAUCGCAAAUGAACAAGAAACACAUCGCCGCCCAUACUUUGGCGUAGAAGCGGCCUCCUCCAACGUCGACGACAAGACAUUGCACGAAUACUAUCUGUGGCCCUUUAUGGAUGGUGUCCGUGCUGGCGUCGCAUCCGUCAUGUGCUCGUACAACCGUAUCAACAACACGUACGGCUGCGAGAACAGCAAGCUCAUGAAUGGCCUACUCAAGGGCGAGCUCGCCUUUGAUGGCUUCGUCGUGCUGGACUGGAACGCCCAGCACAAUCUCAACAGCGCCAACGCGGGUCUCGAUGUGCUCAUGCCUUUGGGUGGGAGCUGGGGUCAAAACCUGACCGAGGCUGUCCGUAAUGGCACGGUACCCGAAGAACGCGUGACGGACAUGGCUACCAGAAUCGUUGCGGCGUGGUACCUUGUCGGCCAGGACAGUUUUCCCGUGCCUGGUAUCGGGAUGAAGAACCUCACUGAGCCUCAUGAUCUGGUGGAUGCCCGCAGUCCCGAUUCCAAGCCGGUUCUCCUGGAAGGCGCCAUCACCGGCCAUGUCCUGCUCAAAAACACCAACAACGCAUUGCCCUUCAAGGGCAAGCAAAAGAUGCUGUCCGUCUUUGGGUAUGAUGCUGCGCUGCCGCAGACGAAGAACACGGAUGUGCUCUUUGAGCUUGGCUACUACUCUUCGCAGGAGAUGGCCAAGGGCGUCCUGGGCACGGAGGCACAUUUCGACCAAGCUGCUCGAGGCGGCACCAUUAUCAGCGGCGGCCGCGCGGCCGCCAACGCCCCCUCCUACAUCAUCGACCCCCUAAACGCUAUUCAGCAGCGCGCAGUCGAGGACGACACCUGGAUCAACUGGGACACGACGUCCUUUGAUCCUCCCGUCAACCUGGCGUCCAGCGCCUGCCUCGUCUUCAUCAACGCCAUCUCCACCGAGGGCUGGGACCGCGACGGCCUGCACGAUGACUUUAGCGACGGCCUCGUGCGCAACGUCGCGUCCAAGUGCGCCAACACCAUUGUCGUGGUGCACGCGUCCGGCAUCCGCCUCGUGGACCAGUGGAUCGAGCACCCAAACGUCACCGCCGCCGUCGUCGCCCACCUUCCCGGCCAGGACAGCGGCCGUGCCAUUGUGAAGCUGCUCUACGGCGACGCGGGCUUCUCGGGCAAGCUGCCCUACACCAUGGCCAAGAACGAGUCCGACUAUGCCGUCUACGAGCCCUGCGGCCUGGCCCACAAGGGCGACACCGACCCCCAGUGCGACUACACCGAGGGCCAGUAUCUCGACUACCGCGCGUUCGAUGCCAAGAACAUUACCCCGCGCUUCGAGUUUGGCUACGGACUGAGCUACACUAGUUUCAAAUACUCGUCGCUGUCCAUCUCGGCGCACGGUGUGCGCAGAUGCGUCAGCGCCAGUCUAGACCAGCUCUUUGAAGAAGUCGCCAACGUGCAGGUCAGCGUCUCCAACUCGGGCGCCGUGGCCGGUGCCGAGGUUGCCCAGCUGUACCUGGGCAUCCCCGGAGCGCCGCCAAAGCAGCUCCGCGGCUUUGAGAAGCUGGGCCUGCAGCCUGGAGAAACCGGCAGGGCCAGUUUCGAGCUCACCAAGCGGGACCUGAGUCAGUGGGAUGUUGUGCUGCAGAAAUGGGUUCUGCAUCCUGGCGAGUACAAGAUUUAUGUUGGUGCCAGUAGCAGGGAUAUUCGCCUCACUGGCAGCAUUGUGGUCAGCGCAUAG